GUGGCACACGCCUUAAAGCAGGCAGGCAGGCCGACCAUCCCUUCUGCAUUGCAUUAGUAUUGACAUCCACUGGGGUGAAUUUGCUCGCGCCUUUGUGAAUCCGUCAGGGUCUCGCCAAGCAAACAAACAUUACGCCUGCAAGCAGCCACGGCAUGUGUGGGAAAUUGUUGGUCCGCCCAAACUAGAUCCUACGGGCCAAUGAGGAAGACGUCCAGGCGACGGAUUCUUUCCCUUUUUUUCCAUGGGGAGAUCCAACCAAGCCAGUCAACACUCCAGGUCCCCCAAAUGGAGGGUCAGCGGAAAUCCCAGGGGACGGUAUUGUUGGCCAUCCCGAUCGUCAGAUCGCUGUGGGCGAAAAAGGGUCUCGCACUGGGCCAAGGCGCCGAUGAAAGGCUGCCGUGGCCACUGAACAGGGACUGGCCCCGUCCGAUUGUCUGGCCGGAACAAAUGAGAAUGCAGGCCAAGAGAGGCGCACAAAGAAAGCUGCUCGUCUUUUCGACCGUGUGGGUGGGGCCCCCGGCCUGCCAAGAGCGCCCGGUGGGGCCAGUCCCUGAAAAGUCCCUGGAUGGUCCCUGGCAAGUCCCUUGGAACCCUGAUGGCCCGUACCAGCUCGGUUAUUCGUUACAAGGGUUGACAUUCUUUCCCUCACAACGGGCCAUUCACAUCUUCCACACAGGCAACAGAUAAGAGAAAUGAGGCGGUCAUUCUAGUCAGAUAUCUGAGUAGCCAGCCAUCUGAUUCUCCAGCCUCAAAGAAUUACCCAACCUCAAGGGCUGGGUAUAAAUUCUCUCCCGCCGCCGCACGCUAGUAGCAAAAGCAAGGCACCUUCCAGCGGAAAAGGAGUCUCGUCCUUAUUCUGGGGUCCAAACCCAGGCUUCCCGCUCCCUGCCGUGCCUGGAAGAUCAGU